AUGGGAAUUUCAAACGUGAAUGGAGCGGAGUUCAAAGACACCACGGCAGCAAAACAUCCAGUUUGGAAGCGAUGGGUUCGCUUCAGAGCGGAAGAUGGUAAAAUAUAUGGUGGCGAGCCAGUGAAUCCGGAUAUUGAUGUGGGCCAAGCCAUAGAAAAGAAGGUCGACGUCUCAGUCAAAGUCGUGGCUGGUAACUCGGCAUUAGAUUAUGAUGCUUCAUUCACGGGUGAAAUUAAAACAAUUGAUGAACUGCUAUCGCCAGUCUCGCAAAUCGAAGCUGGGACUGUUCGUUGCGUCGGCUUAAACUACAAGGAGCACGCAGCCGAGAUGAAGUUGACUCUUCCAAACACACCAACUGUAUUUUUGAAGGCUAGCACUUGCAUUGCAUCUGCAUCCGAACCAAUUAUACUUCCCUCCAACGUGGACUAUGAUGAAGCAGACUAUGAAGUUGAGCUGGCGAUAGUCAUCGGCAGAAAAUGCAAGAAUGCUUCGGUGUCCCAAGCAGCCGACUAUGUUUUGGGCUAUGCAGUCGCCAAUGAUGUGACAGCCCGCAAACAUCAAGAGAAGACAUCACAGUGGUCUUAUGCAAAGGGAAUGGACGGAUUUUGCCCACUCGGUCCAUGUAUCGUGUCUACAGAACAAAUACCCGACGCUGCAAUUUUGAAUUUGAAGACACGUCUCAAUGGAAAGAUCAUGCAGAAUGGAUCCGCCGAUGACAUGAUCUUCAGCAUACCAGAAAUUGUGUCUUAUGUUUCUCAGGGCCACACAUUACUGCCCGGAACCGUCAUCAUCACCGGAACGCCUUGUGGCAUUGGUAUCUCACAGAGCCCACCACAGUUCCUCCAGCCCGGAGACGAGUUGCGGAUAAGCAUAAGUCAUGGGUUAGGCACUCAAAUAUGCCCGAUUGCGAGAGAUUGA